AUGACAGAUAUUAAACAUAGCCAAGAUAAAGAGAGACACGAGAUUAACUGGAAAAAUGUACCUUAUUCAUCACAACAAGUUCAACAUUCAAUGAAUAUUUAUACUCAACAACUAGUAACUAAUUCUGAUAACGAUCAAGUUACAAAAAUGAUUGGAAUAUCUUCAACGGCACCAAUUGGAUCGGAAAAUCUUGAAAAAGAAGAAAGUGAUAGUUUAAGUGGUUAUAGUGAUGAUGAAAAUCAUAAACGAAAACAACGACGCUAUAGAACAACUUUCACUUCAUUUCAAUUAGAAGAAUUAGAAAAAGCAUUUCAACGUACUCAUUAUCCAGAUGUUUUUAUGAGAGAAGAAUUAGCAAUGCGUAUCGAUCUAACUGAAGCACGUGUACAAGUAUGGUUUCAAAAUCGUCGUGCAAAAUGGCGAAAACGUGAAAAAAUGAAUCCAUCAUGUAUAUUAAAUACAUCAUCAACAUCAACAACACAUCCAUUACUUUCAAAUACUACACAUACUCAUCCAUUUUUUACUCCACCACCAAGUCUUCUUACACGUCUUAGUUCAUUUACACCUGGAGAAAUUUUAUCAUCAUAUUCAUCAUUAACAUCAUCAUUUCUUAAUGCAACAGCAGCAGCUGCAUGUUUACCAAUGUUUCCACCACCAACAUCAUUUUGGCCAUCAACCAAUCAACUUGGUACAACAUAUCCAAAUAUAGCAAUUUUACAACAAUUAGCACAAAUAGCUGCUGCUUCAUUAGUAUCAACAACAUCUUGUACAAAUGAAAAAGAAUCAAUAAUUGAAACAAAAAUUCAAAAUAAUGAUACGAACAGUAAUGAUAAUAAUAAUAAUACUAGCACAACAACAUCAUCAUCAAGCAAAAAACGUAAACGUUCGAUAAGUAAUUCAAAUGUAAUAUCAUCAGAACAACAAUCAUCAUCAAUAACAAGUUUUGUUACACGUCCUAAUACAGAUGAAAAUCGUUGUACAAGUAGUAUAGCUACUCUUCGACUUAAAGCACGUGAACAUACAACUAAACAACAUGAUUUAUCAUCACCUACAUCAACACCUGCUAUUGGAGUUGUACAAUAA